GUGUUUGCUGGCAUUCAUCUCGUUCAGCUUUUUGAUCACUUCUUCAGUAGUACCACCGCUGCUUCGACAACUCGCACUGGAACCACCUUGACUGCUACCACUGGCACUGUAAGUGGUGUCACUGCAAGUGGUGCAUCCGGCUCUGCCUCGUCCACCGCCACGACUACCUCCAAUGCUGCGCUACCCGUAAGUAUCGGUAGUAGCGGCCUUGUUGGCCUUCUCGCUCUUCUCGGUGCUAUGUUGUUCUAAAUUCCACGGACUAUCAUGACGCACACACACGGAGUGCUGUUUACCUACUUGGACUUUUACGUAUAUACCUUUUUUUUCUUGCAGGGGCAAAAUUAUUAUACAGACAGUUUGGAAUAACCGUAUAUUUGCUAGUGGACGGUUCUGUUGUACAUACUUGUUGUAGUAAGUAUGACAUUUGCUUCGUGCGAGAACUUACCGGCACCUACCGAGCUUUAUCGCGGUCAUGCGUACGAAUGGUACGCGUUCCAACCUUGCGUCUUUAUUCCUUCCAAUUUCUCUGUUCUCAAUUUGCCUCUCGCGUGUCAUGCAUUUCGUCACCGUCUCUGUAUCUCUACUGUUCGCUGCGUCUGCGUUGGCGUACCAGAUCAAUGAACCGUCUGAAACCAAGGGAUGGACCGACUCUGGGCUUAAUACUAUUUCUUGGGAAAUGGUUGAUACAGAUCCAAAGAGUGUCACUCCCGUUCUCACCAAUCAGAAUCGUACCGCCUUGCCUCAGGACCUGAUUCUCAUGGUUAUUCUAAGCGGGUCGCUCUUGACGGUGCAAGUUAACCCUCCUAACGGUGGAUGGCCCGUCGGCGCAACCUUCCGUGUCAACUUUGUCAGGGAUUCUAAGCAUCCGAACACUAUACUGGCUCAGUCUUCGGAAUUUGUCAUCUCGGCUGUUUCUACUGGCACUCCGACGACAACUACUACUAGCUUCUCGUAUCUCCGUACUUCAACCUCCGCUGCUGCUGCUAUCGCUUCCGGUACGUCCGAACCCGACUCGUCCAGCGCAGAGACGACUACUGCUCCCGCCACCACCUCCUCCAACGCCCCGCACCUUACCGAUUUCAGCAAUAAUGGUCUCGUUAGUCUUUUCGCUCUUUUUGGUGCCAUGUUAUUCUGGCGUGGCUAUGUGGUUACGCAUACAUAGACCAGAAUUGCUCUCUUCUUCAAAACUUCUCUGUGUAUCAUUUUCUUGCUAGUCAAUUGAAUUGUACAACAAGCUACAUA